AUGAAAAUAAGGGAAAAAUAUUAACCGUAUUUUGGUUUUUCGAAUUUCGAUCUUGACAAAUUAGCAGAUUCAGGGCCUCAUAAUCACAUUAUCAACAAAAUCGAAUUAUCGAGAUCACAUUUAAUGAUGGGAGCUGGAUUAAAUUUCAAAAAGGAGUUUGAAUAAUGA